AUGGAGUCUAAAGACAAUGACUGGGACGAUCAAGGUGAUUUCAUAUCGUAUCUCCAUAAUUACCAAUUUCCAGAUCCAACGACUGCAAUCAAGGAGAAACUAGCCACGAAGAAAACCGAACUACUUAGCUUAAGAGAAGAAGUCGAAGCCAAAGAAGAGAAGAUUCGCAGUUGCGUAGAGGAUUUUGACCGCAAGAAGAUGGAAAUGAAUACAGCGGGCGCUCAAUUGGCGGAGGAAACAGCAUCGUUGAUAGCUCCAAAGAGUGCGCACGAUACACUUGUUGAAGAAAUUCUGUCGCAAGAUAAUUACCUGGAGACCAUUCGGAGAGCCAAGAGUUGCCAACAGGGACAACAAACAUGGGAGCAAUGUUUGGCCAGAGAAAAUGGGAAAUUGAAGGAGGGAGUCAAGUCUUUGCGGCAACUCGUAGAGGACAAUCGUGAUCACUACAAACGUGAGACUGAGAAAUUAAAAAAAGAUAUCGAUGUCCUGAAGUUUAAGCAUCAAAGCCGUGAGUUAUUCUGGGAGCAUCCAAACCGAAACAAAGAUUUAGAAGUGAAGGAACAUGUUGCUGCUGCUGUGAAGGAAGCCGUGGAUAAAGCAUUGAGUCGUCAGAGAACAGAAUUUGAAACUGCUAUGAAGGAGGCCGUGGAAGAAGUAUUGAGUUGUAGAAGCACAGAGCUUGAUACCGUUGGGCUAGAGGUGCGAACGACUUUCGUUGAGAGUCAUCGGUUGCGUAACCCAAGUUCUUUUGCCCCUACCAAAGCACUUGUUCCAUAUGGAUCUAAAUCGAUUCAUGAUUUUGAUGUUCUUGCCGACAUGACUCUAUACCUUGAUCCUCAAAUACCAGGACAUCUUACCGACGGCGAAUCAUUUACUCGAAUAUAUGGUAUCAAAUAG